AUGAUGACCUCGAAUAUUUUGUCGAGGUUUUUGCCUCCGGCAGAAGGCUCGCACUCGGUGUACGAAGCGAUCGGCCAGCACGAUGCCGAGUCGGAUGGCUUUGAUGACGAUGUGGAGGAGCGCGCGGGGAUGGCGAUGGACGACGACUUGCGGGACCAUUUUGACGACCACGAGCUGGAGGACGUCCUCGCCCAUGCGACCGAGAGUCAGCUGGGGAGUCCGAGUACAACAACGUUUGCCUCCCCGGGUCGUCGACGCCAGACUGCACCGGCAGAUCGGUUCGGGAAACGGGAGCCUCUCCGGCGGAGGCCUCCCCAUGCCCGCUGGCUGCAACCCUCACCGCGAGGCUUGGAGCCAGAAGACGGGGACGAUGACGUCCCCGCCUCGCUUCUGGUCGAAGGCCAUGAGGAGGAGGGGGGGGAAGACGAUGAAGACCUCAAAGCCCGGCUGCCACCGCCACCCCACCACAUCCCCGAUCCAGACCCUCCUGUGCCCGGACCGUCCGUGACAGACGAGUCGGCGGCACGUUGGGCCUCUGCCCGAUCCCAGCAGCCGCUCUUUCCCGCCAGUCGUCGCAACAGACCGAUCACAGGAUGGUCGCUCGGUCAGCAUCCGAGCUUGGGAUCGGUCGACCCGAAGCAGAAGGCGAUGUGGCGGUGGGCAAACGUCGAGAACCUGGAUAACUUUUUGAAGGAGGUCUAUGAGUAUUUCUUGGGCAACGGGAUGUGGUCAAUUAUAUUGAGCCGGGUCUUGAAUCUCUUGACGUUUGCCUUUGUCGUGGGGUUCACGACCUUCCUCACCAGCUGCAUCGAUUACUCGAAAUUCCGUGGCAGUCGAAAAUUGGACGAUAUCCUGAUCCAGAAAUGCGUGGCCAACAUGUCCACCUCCUCUACACUGCUGCUUUGGCUGCUCACGUUCUUCUGGAUCGGUAAACUGUUCCAGUACUUACUUGACAUCCGCCGGCUCCGGCACAUGCACGACUUUUAUCUCUAUCUACUGAGCAUCUCCGAUGCCGAGAUCCAAACAAUUUCAUGGCAGGAGGUGGUCAGUCGCCUGAUGGCGCUGCGCGAUGCGAAUCCUGCCACCGCAGGGGCGGUCUCUGCCAAGCACCGCAAAUACAUAGGCAGCCAGUCCAAGCAGCGGAUGGACGCCCAUGACAUUGCGAACCGGAUCAUGCGCAAGGAGAACUAUGCGAUUGCCUUGGUCAACAAGGACAUUUUAGACCUCACGCUGCCCAUCCCCUUUCUAAGGAAGAGACAGCUCUUUUCCCGGACGCUCGAGUGGAACAUCAAUCUUUGCAUCAUGGACUACAUCUUCAACGAACAGGGCCAGGUCCGAUCGUUGUUUCUCAAGGAUACACACCGGCGUGCCCUGAGCGACGGCUUGCGUCGCCGAUUCGUCGUGGCCGGAAUCAUGAAUAUCUUCAUCGCACCGUUCAUCGUAGUCUACUUUAUGAUGCUCUAUUUCUUCCGCAACUUCAACGAGUUCAAGAAGAACCCUUCCCAGAUUUCCUCUCGGCAGUACACUCCGCUGGCGGAAUGGAAGUUCCGCGAGUUCAACGAGCUCUGGCACCUAUUUGAGCGUCGCAUCAACCUCUCCUACCCAUUUUCCAGUCGCUAUGUCGACCAAUUCCCCAAGGACAAAACUGUCCAGGUGGCUCGCUUCGUCGCCUUUGUCACUGGCGCUCUGGCGUCGGUUUUGGCUCUCGUCUCGGUCGUGGAUCCCGAGCUAUUCCUGGGGUUCGAGAUCACCCCGGACCGCACCGUGCUCUUCUAUCUCGGCGUAUUCGGUUCCGCCUGGGCUCUCGCCCGGGGGAUGGUCCCCGAGGAGACCGACGUGUUUGAUCCGGAGUAUGCGCUGCUGGAGGUGAUCAAUUUCACGCACUACGUCCCCACGCACUGGAAGGGCCGGCUGCACAGCGACGAUGUCCGACGGGAGUUCGCGAUGAUGUACCAGAUGAAGAUCGUCAUCUUCCUGGAAGAGAUCCUCAGCAUGAUCUUCACCCCAUUCAUCCUGUGGUUCAGUCUGCCCAAGUGCAGCGACCGGCUCAUCGACUUUUUCCGAGAGUUCACCGUGCAUGUCGAUGGCGUGGGAUAUCUCUGUUCCUUUGCCGUCUUUGACUUUAAAAAGGGCGCCAACGUGCUCUCCCAGGCGGGUGCGCACCGGCCGCCACCACCAGAUCGACCGCAGGAUCUGCGCGCCGAUUACUUUUCCACCAAGGACGGCAAGAUGCUCGCCUCCUACUACGGGUUUUUAGACCAUUACGGCGCCAAUCCCCGGCCUGGAGCCCCGCAUCCUUCCUUUGCCCGCCGCCCGUUCCAUUCACCCCCGGCGUUUCCCACGCUGGGAUUACCCACUGGUGGUGACAUGGGUCUUUUCACUGAUCAUCAUCAACAGCAGCAGCAGCAGCAGCAGCAGCAGCAGCAGAACUCACAACCGGUACGCCCAUUCAUGACAGGCCUCUCUCGCUUCGGUGCCGCCGGCAUGGCUGAUGCUCAUACCCACUCACCCAUUCCGUCGAUACUCCUGGACCCGCACCACCAACCCUCAGGGUCAGGAUUCCGGUCCGUGACGCGACCUCCUCCUCCGGCUGCUGCUGCUGCUACCGGCGGUCGCUUCCAUCGGUCCUUCCGAGCACCCCGUCCGCUUUUUGCCGACCCGAUUGCAGAUGAUUCCGAGUCUCCGCCGCCUCCCGCCAGCGAUAUGCGCAGCCCCCGACGGACAGAAGGCGGCGCCGAGACCAGCGACAGCAACCUAGGGGAAUCGUGGCGGGUGAACCUGUCGGGCGAUGUGGAGGACGACAGCGACGAGGCUCGUGAACCGGAUACCGUCGACGCAUUGGUCCGAGGCGCCGGGGUGCUGGGGUUGAUCCAGCAGUUUCAAAAGGCCAACACGGAGGGGGGGAGACGUGCGGUAGGGAUUUAG